CGGUUUUCUAAACCCUAAACGUGCUGCUUUAUAUCUUCUGCUUAGGCAUUAUAACGUUCUCUCGCCCCCAGCUUUUGAAGCUUCCAUACCAGCGCCGUCGUUCGGAGGCCCCUCUCUUCUUCUUACUAUUGACAAUGGUGAGGGUCAGUGUUUUGAAUGAUGCUCUCAAGAGCAUGUACAAUGCCGAGAAACGGGGAAAGCGUCAGGUCAUGAUUAGGCCGUCCUCAAAAGUCAUUAUCAAAUUCCUUUUGGUCAUGCAGAAGCAUGGAUACAUUGGGGAGUUUGAAUACGUGGAUGACCAUAGGGCUGGCAAAAUUGUGGUUGAACUGAAUGGAAGGUUGAACAAAUGUGGGGUUAUUAGCCCUCGCUUUGAUGUGGGUGUUAAAGAGAUAGAACCCUGGACUGCAAGGCUACUUCCCUCAAGACAGUUUGGCUACAUCGUCUUGACAACCUCAGCUGGUAUAAUGGACCAUGAAGAGGCUAGGAGAAAGAAUGUUGGUGGGAAAGUGUUGGGUUUCUUUUACUAGAAGUCUUGUUUGAGGAUUUCUCUGAAUUUUGUUUGAUCGGUUGUAACGGAUGAUAUUCUAGUAAUAUUAAGCAUAGCUGGAUUUGUUAUUUUAUGGUUCUGCUUUUGUUUGUGAAACAAUUGGGAUAUUAUAAUUAAUCUGAUUUCUUUAUCAUUA